AUGGCAGACAUUCAGGAAAAGGGACUGAAAUGUAGGUCGUUUGAUGGGAUUGGAACAUCACGGAACAGAACAGACGUGUCCUGUUUAGGAGAAAUCGAUGCAAACGUCGGACAGAGAACAGACGAGACAGGCCAGACAAAGAACAGUGGGUAUAAAAGGCUUGCAAAGAAAGGAAAGCAAUUCAUAGACAUACCAUAUGUUGUCAAAGGCAUGGAUGUUUCAUUUAGUGGGAUAUUGAGUUAUAUCGAAGCCACUGCUGCUGAGAAGUUUGAAAAGAACGAGUGCACACCAGCGCACCUCUGUUUCUCUCUGCAGGAAACUCUUUUUGUGAUGCUGGUUGAAAUAACAAAGCGAGCAAUGGCUCACUGCGACAAAAGUGAUGUUCUUAUAGUUGGUGGUGUUGGCUGCAAUGAACGGUUGCAGGAGAUGAUGAGGACAAUGUGUGCAGAGAGAAAUGGAAGGUUGUUUGCCAUUGAUGAUAGAUACUGUGUUGACAAUGGGGCGAUGAUUGCUUAUACAGGUUUACUUGCAUUUGCUCAUGGCAUCACAACCCCGCUGGAGGAAACUACCUUCACACAGAGAUUCCGAACUGAUGAGGUCCAAGCUGUUUGGAGGGAGAAGAUGACUUCCAUUCCAAAUGGCAAUGACGAAUGA